AUGCUGAAUAUAGAAACCCUUAAAGUUUGUUUUAGAGAUGAAUUUUACAUCAUUUCUCCAGUUCCCCUAACUCUUUCAGAGCUUAUUGAAUCAAUCAAAGAGCAAGUACAAAGCGUUUCCUCUGUUCCAAUUAUUUAUUAUUUUGAUAAAGACAACGAUAAAAUUCGUCUCACAACACAAAAAGCCUACAAUUUUUUCCUAAAUUCCUUCAAAAAUCAAUCAGCAGUAAAGCUUUAUAUUGAAGACCCUAAAAAGACCACAGAAAAUAUUCCAUUACUUCCUUUAAAACGCGAAAUAAAGGAAGAAUACUCGUCAUCAUCAGGCACAGCUUCUAAGAGAAAAAGGAAUCGAGAUCCCUCAAGAAAAAAGCGAGCUCCUCCAAGCCUCAAGCUCCCAUUGUAUUAUGACGAAAAAUUAAUGCCUUCUGCAAAAAGCAGCACUGAGCCAGUAAAAGAAGAGCCGAAAACGGUCCUAACUUCUUCAGCUGAAAUUGAAGCAAACCAAUUUAUUCUUGAUUGCAAAGGAAAAUCAAAAAGCCCUAAUUGGUCCAAUUAUGUUAUGCCUACAGCUUUUCUGAAAGUUGUAUCAGUAAGUAUUUUUCAAACUGCCCAGCUUUAUGGCACUUUGGCAGCUUCAAUCAGUUACAGGGUGCCUGUUGAGUUAAGUAUCCAUUUUUUAUAUGAAUCUCGAGUCUAUAUAGAAAGCGAUAAAGAAAGAUUAAAAUUCAAAAAAUAUGUAGAAUGCUUUCAGCCAAAUAGAAGCAGCAAAUUUACACCUAAGUUCUGCAAUUCUAUAAUCCAAAGUUUAAAAUCUGAAAGUUCUGCUGAAGACCAUGUUUUAAAUACUUAUAAUAUUGAUGCAAACACAUUAAAUUUAUGAAAAAAAAUAUUUAAAAAGCCUAAAAAACCCUAUUUUUCGUCGGAUCCUUAUCCGAGGAAUUUUAGGAUUCAGCUGGUUAGGGAUUAUUUAGAAGGGAACUAUGAGGAUGAAAGCGUCAAAAUAAUAUGAAAUGUGGAUAGAGAAAUGAUUGAAAAUUGAAUUUAUACAGAAUUAGAUGAAAAAGAUGAGCCGAUUUCGAUGGAAAGAAAGAAAAGGUUUAAUAGGGCUGAUAAAGAAGAGAUUGUGGAGAAAUAUAAGCAGAAGAAACUAAGCCUCACUGAGAUUAAACAGAUUUAUGGAGUUGGGCAAAAAGAUUUGAACAAAUGGAUCAAAACUACAAAUAAUGGAUUCCCACUGAGAGAUCCAUAUACUUCCCAUAAGCCUUCUGAAGAGUUGGAAAAAGCAUACAGACUAUUAGAAUUCGCACAAUAG